AUGUCUUUCCAGAAGCCCGAGAAGGAGUUCGGCGAGGGCCCUAAGGUCCACAAGAUCCGCAUCACCCUCACCUCCCGCAAGGUUGCCUCCCUCGAGAAGGUCUGCCAGGAGCUGAUCGACCGUGCUCGCUCCAAGUCCCUCCAGGUCAAGGGCCCCGUCCGUCUUCCCACCAAGACCCUCCAGAUCUCCACCCGCAAGACCCCCAACGGUGAGGGUUCCAAGACCUGGGACAAGUUCGAGAUGCGCAUCCACAAGCGUCUCAUCGAUCUCCUCGCCCCCACCGAGACCGUCAAGCAGAUCAUCAUCAACAUCGAGGCUGGUGUUGAGGUUGAGGUCACCAUUGCCGCAUAA